GGUGGUGGCCACGCUGCUACCGCGUGCGGGAGCGGUGCGGCGGCGGCGGGAUGUGCUCCGCGCCGGGGGUGCCCAGCCCCGGCACAACCGUCUCCCUGCGGGUCCGCGCAGCGGACGUGCACUCGGAGGCGCCCGUCGUGCGGCUCUGGGGGCUGCUGGGCGAGCGCCGCGAGGACUACGCCCGCCUUCACCGUGAUGUCCAGGCUGCGCCGGGCCCGCGCCUGGCGGCCUCUCCGGGCCCCGCCGGGGUGGCGGACAGUGGAGCCGAGCUGCGUGCCGGGGAGCUGUGCCUGGUGGAGCUGAGGGGCUUCUGGCACCGCUGCCGUGUGGUGAGUCGCCGUGAUCGGGACUACCGCGUCUUCCUGCUUGAUGAGGGCUGCACAGUGCCUGCAGCUGCCUAUUACCUGGCACGGGGUCGUGAGGAGCUUUUCCACCUGCCGCCUGAAGUGCUGGGCUGCGUUGUGGCUGACCUGGUACUCUUCAGAGGUGGCAGGGUAGUGGCCUGUGGGGAGCCGCCACUCUCCACCUGCACAGCGAAGGCUGUGGAGUUUCUCGGUUACCUGCACGGCAAGGAGGUGUCCGGCCUGGUGCGGGAAGUGAUGAUGCCGCAGCUCCUCGUAGUGCUUGAGCUGCCGCAGCUUGUGGCCCAGAUGCACCACCUGGGCCUGGCCAGGCAGGUCACCCCCAGUUGGUUCUGCCUGAUGCUCAAGCGCUGCCUGGCUCAUGCCCACUUGCAGAACCAGCUCAAGCUGCAGCCUCCAGCUCAUCUGCCUGCAGCUUCUGCAGUGCCACUGCUCCUCCAUGUUUUCCCUCUGUAUCAACCUGUGUCACCUGCCUUGGAUUACUUCUACCCGCAACUUCAGCUGGGAGUGACAGAGCCUGUGCUAGUGACCGAGAUCUCUGACCCCCACCACAUAUAUUGCCAGUUGCGGAGCCUGUCCCAGGAGAUCCAUCGCCUUUCUGAUACCAUGCACCAGCUUUUUGAUGGAGCCACUUGGGAGCAGGUUUUACUACUCAAACUGGGCUCACCCUGUGCUGCCCGUGGCAUUGGUGGCCACUGGUACCGAGCGCUCCUGCUGGAGGUUGUUGCUGGGGAGCGGGACCAACAAGUGGCCCAGGUGAUCUUUGUGGACUAUGGCAAGAAAGAGUUUGUGACGGCCUCUAACCUGCGCCAUUUGCCUCUUGAGUGUUUUCACAUGCCAGUGGUGACUUACCCAUGUGCCCUUCAGGGUAUCUCGCAUGGGGGUCAUGGCUGGUCCCCAUCCCAGAUCAGCAAGAUGAAAGCCUUGUUGUUAGGCAAGGGAGUGAAUGCUCGCAUUGAAACUUUUAAUUCCUUUGAACAUCUCUAUUAUGUGAGCCUGUAUGGUGAAGAUGGCAUGAACUUGAACUGUUUCUUUGGGGUGCAGGCUCGCUGCCUGGCUAGCAGCCUUAUGCAGGUCAGGCAAACUGAGACUCGGGAGCAGCUUGAAGUAGAAGAAUCCACAGCUGAAGAUCUGGGGUCACCACCAGGAGCACCUCCUGUUGCUUUAGUGCAAAGACAUUUGGUGUCUGUUCCUAUAGUUGGCGUGCGUCUGAAGUUAGGCGCGUUCUAUGAUGCGCAGAUCUCCCAUCUCCGAGAUCCGUCCGAGUUCUGGCUGCAGCUCCAGGAGCAUCACCAGCUCUUCAGCCAGCUUAUGCAGAGUAUGUGGAAUUUUUACUCCCAAGCCACGAACCUGGAUGGUGUUACAGGGGACCUGCAGCCUGGAUACCUUUGUGCCAGCAGGAAAGAUGGUGCCUUUCAUCGAGCCGCAAUCACCAGAGUACUGGACAGUGCUAUAGAAAUACAUCUGGUGGACAGAGGCAAUGUGGAAACUGUAGACUGUGGUGAGAUAAAGGAGCUCUUCCCUCAGUUCAAGGAACUACCUGCAUUAGCUCUGAAGUGUUGUUUGGCAGGUACCUCUCCUCUGAGGGGGAGUUGGAGUGAAGAAUCUGUGUCUGCCUUCAGAAAGAUUGUGCUGAACAAGAGUCUAAGGAUUCGUGUUUUAGGCACACAGGGUGAUAAAUAUGUGGUUGAAAUUCUUGACCAAUCCCAAUUAGGAGAGAAAAGUGUAAGUAAAAUCAUGACCAAGGGAGGAUACGCUAAAUACCGGAGGUCUGAAAUACCUGAGACAGUACAAAAAUCGUCUGGUCAGGCUGCAAGGCAAGAUUCAUCUGCAGGAUGUGCUAGGGAGGAAAAACAAAUAAAUAUGGUGGAAAGACUUGGAGAAUCUGAUCCAAAGAGAAAUGGUAGAGCAUUAAGUCCUUAUAUGACUCUGGUCAAAGAUGGUCCUUUUGCCAUUCACAGUUCAAAAACUAGUGAAUCUGUUCCUGCUGAGAAAAAGUGUGAGGGCACACAAAACCUGCCCUCUUCUCUUGCACAGAAUUACCUGGAAAUGAGGCCAGGUUCUUAUGGUGGUCAGUUAGAAGUUGGAAGUACAGUUAAUGUAGUUGUAUCAUAUGUUGAGAGUCCUGGUUGUUUUUGGUGUCAAUUAAGUAGGAAUUGUCAUGACCUUAAGAUAUUAAUGGCUGAAAUUCAGGAGUAUUGUAAGAAUUCAUCUCAACCACACAUCUGGCCAAAUCCUGUAUGUUUAGCCCAGUACUCGGAGGAUGAAAAAUGGUACAGGGCUCUAAUUGUUAGUGAAGUUACUUCUACAGAGCAAGUAGAAGUAAUAUAUGUUGACUAUGGCAACAGAGAGUUGGUCUCUAGAACACAUCUCCGUUCAACUAAUGAAAACUUUCUUAACCUAAAGGCUCAGGCUUUCAGGUGCAGCCUUUACAACUUAAUCCAACCAAAUGGUCAGGAUCCUUUUUUUUGGGAUGAAAAAGCAGUUCUGGCAUUUCAAGAGUUUAUUGAUGCCUCAUCGUGUCAGUUGGAGCUGAAGUGUACAAUAUUUGCCUUGGCUUCAAUAAACAAUAAAGAACUGUUUAAUAUUGUGGACUUAAUGACACCUUUUCAGAGUGCUUGCCAGUUUCUGAUAGAAAGAGGUUUGGCUAGACCUUUGCCACCUCAAAAACCUCUGGCAUCCUCUGUUCAGCUUCAUUCUUACUAUUAUUCUAUGCAUGAUAUCAAAAUUGGGAGUGAAGAAGACAUUUAUAUUACGCAUGUUGAUGAUCCAUGGAAAUUUUACUGCCAGCUUGCAAGAUGUACGGAUAUCUUGGCACAGCUUACAGAAAACAUUGGUCAUCUAAGUAAAACAGUGACUAGUUUAAAAACCUUGCAAAAAUCUGGGAAGUUGUGUCUUGCGAGGUAUACUGACAAUCACUGGUACAGGGGAGUAGUUACAAAAACAAAACCUAAUAAGGAAGUCUUCUUUGUGGAUUUUGGGAACACAGAGCUGGUAAAGAAAGAAGAUCUGCUUCCUGUACCCAGUGGUGCUUAUGAUGUCUUGCUUUUGCCAAUGCAGGCCAUAAAGUGUUCUUUAUCUGAUAUAUCUACUGUUCCAAAAGAAGCUACAGUGUGGUUUAAACAAGCUGUCCUAGAGAGGCGAUUAAAGGCAAUAGUGGUUGCAAAGGAAUCUGAUGGAAAACUGUUGAUUGAGUUGUUUGAUGGUAAUACUCAAAUUAAUGCAAAAUUGAAGGAGGGGUUAAGAUUAACAAACAAUGUAGAGCUGUGUAGGCAUGUAGAAAACGAAACUUCAAGCCAUAGAAAUACAGACGUGAAAGAGAGGAAUGAGACUGCAGAGUUGUCACCUGCGUGUUCAGGAAGGAUUCUUGAAAGAAAAAAGUGGAGCCCUGAAGCCCAAGGAGGAGAAGGGAGUAGCAAAAUGCACUUAAAACAAAAAGAUAUAAACCUCUUCCAGACUGUUACAAAGAGAGAACUGGAAGCUGAAUUACUGGAGUCUGAAAAGUAUGGCAAUAAUAAAGAUGCUUUGUUACUAAAUAAAGUGGAGAAUAGAAACUGCUUUUCCCUUACCAAGAAAGAUGAACCAUCACGUGUUAAAUCUGAUACUAAAAGCCAGUGUAUACCACUUAAAAACAUAUCCGAUCUACCUCAGAAGAACAUAGUGCCAGCUCUUAAAGUGCUAGUGUAUGUUUCUCAUGUAAAUGAUCCUUCAGAUUUUUAUGUUCAACUGGUAAGUGAUGAGUCUGAACUUAACAGUAUUUCAGAAAGCUUAAACAGUGAGACAAGAGUGCAGAACCCUUGUGGACAACUCUUGCAAGCAGGAGACUUGAUCAGUGCUGUUUAUUCAGAAGACAGCUUAUGGUACAGAGCUGUAGUAAAAGAUAAGACUUCUGAGGAUUUGAUUAGUGUGCAAUAUAUUGAUUAUGGUAAUACUUCAGUAAUUAAUGUUGGUCAAGUGUGUAGACUCCCUGAAGACUUGUCAUCUAUUCCAGCAAUAAGUAUUCACUGCUUACUAGGUGGACUUAAAUGUAAAAAACCUACAAAUUGGGCAGAGAAAGCAAUGCUUUACUUCUCCCAGAGAACAAGUGAAGUUCAGGUAACAUGUGAAUUUGUAGAGAAAGUUGAGGAUAAAUGGGAAAUUAUUCUCAGUGACCAUCAAGGUAUAAUAACAGUGGAUUUAGUUAAUGGAAAUCUUUCAAGUAGGGAAAGAUCUCAUUCAACAGAAGCACUUGACAAAAGAGAAAAUGGUGCUGAAGUGGUAAAUGUGUGUGAGCCUUUGCCUCCUAAUGAGCAAAGUGAAACUUCCGAUGUAAGUGGCUCUAAAUCAUUUAUCUGGAAGAUACCAGAGGCAGGUCAAACUGUAAAAAUUUAUGUCACAGUAGUAAAGGGUCCAGAGUAUUUUUGGAGUCAGGGUGCUGAUACAGAAAACAUAAAAUACAUAGAGGAAAAAAUAAAGGAAGCUGAAAAUCUUGGACUAAACUCUAUGAAUGAUUGCAGAUCUUGUAUUAAAACUGGUGAUAUUUGUAUAGCAAAAUACAGUGAAGAUGGGAAGUUCUACAGAGCGAAAGUCGGCAACAUAAAAGGUGACAACUUAGUUGUUAGAUAUGUGGAUUAUGGAACUGAGGAAAUGGUUGGUGUGGAGAUGGUCAGACAAAUUCCAAACGAAUUGCUCACAAUACCUAAUCAAGCAUUUCCUUGCUGUCUGUCAGGAUUUAAUUCCUCGGAGGGCUCAUGGCUUAGUGAAGCAGAAGAUAAGUUCUAUGAUAUGACUGUAGAACUCUUACUAGAAGCUAAAGUGAUAGAAACUCGGGAAUAUAAAGCUUCUGAAGUUCCUCUGUCUGUUGUCAAGCUGGAAGCUUGUGGGAAGAGUAUUAAUGAAGAGAUGAAAUGUUUUUGGAAGGCCAAUACAGGAACUGGUGACACGGCUUUUGUAAAUCUUGAGAACCCUUUAAAGGAGAACACAGGGUCAAGUAAUAAUACGGAUCUUUGUCUUGAAAAAGAAACUAUUGCUACUUGUAGAGUACUUCAGGAAGAAGAUAAAAGUGCUGUGCAGAGUGAUUUACUAUGUUCUGGAUGUCUCUUGGAUGUAACUUCUGUGUCUUCAAAUAAUGUAGAACCAAACAUAACAGUGGAAGCUGUGGAACAGAUGUCUGUGAAAGCUGAUGACGAAUGUAAAACAGCUGAGCAUCAAAACAGCUUUGAUAAAGAGACCCCUCUAUUUGAAAAAGAGAGUGAUAAUGACAUGUCACUAGAACCAACACAAUGCUGUUCAUUUUGUGUUUCGGGGAGUGACAUGAAAGCUGCAGAACAAGAGCUAUCUGAAGUACCAUUUGUAGAGGAUGCUGAGCUGAAAGCAGAACUGACUGGCACUGCUUCAGCAGUAAGUCUUCUCCUGGAAAGUAAACAAGAAGAGCUGUUAGGAUGGCCGUUGCUCCAGGUACAGCCUUCUUUGGGGGAUGAAAUGGGGUCAUUACUGGAACUGGAACAACUACAAAUGCACUCUUCAUAUGAUGAUCUGAAAGAGUUCAUAUUGGAGCUAGAAUCGCUUUCAGUGCAGUCCUCGCUUGGUGAAAAAACAAAGGAGGCUUUGGAAUUAGAGUCACUUGAAAUGCAGACAACUCCAGGCAGUGAAGCAGAAGAGAGAAUUUUGGAACUGGAACCACUUGAAGUGCCACACUUGAAUGAUGAGACAGGGGAACUGGCAGCUCUGAAAUCUUUUGAAAUAUCACCACCACCUCAUGAGAGAGAGAAGUUGGCACCUUCAGUUAGCGAAGGGGAGAAGACCUUAGAAUUAUUUCCAUCUGAUGUACAACUUCCUGUGGGAGAUAAAACACCAGCACUGGAACUGGAUUUGCCUGGGGUUCAUGAAGCAGAAGCUAUGCAAAAUGAUUGGAUGGAAGUAGAUCCUACCCUGAUGUUGUCUUCGUUUGGUGGUGGAGCUGAGAAACAACUGGAACUAGAGACCCUUGACAUACAGUCAAUGCUAGAUGCUGAAAUUAAACACCUUCUUGAGUUGGUGCUGCCUGAUGUGCAGCCUUCUCAGCAGGAUGAAGAUGAGGACUUGUUAGGGCUGGAACACACAGUGUUGCAAGCUUCUGCAAAUAGCAAAAGUCAGUUUUCAUUCCUUACAACAGACUUGACAAAUGAGAGGCCUGUUUGCACUGUAAAAUCAUGUGACUGCAAAAUUGAGAAAUGUAAGGAAUGGCAAAAAAAGCAAGAUGGCAGUUCUGCGGAAGAAUGGAUGAAACAAGACUCGGCUGACUCAUUUAAAGAAUGUAGAAGUAAACUUCUAAAUGAGCAGUCUUUAGACUGUAAGCCUGUGGGUGAAGAAAUAGGAAAAAAGCAAAAUGAAAACUUGGCUGACUGCUGUGCAGAACACAGUGAGUACACUUAUAAUCUAAAGGGCUUUGCUGUCGGUUCCAAAUGCAUGGUGUGGACGUCUCUGAAGUGGUGCGAGGCUCGCAUUUUGGAGGUAUCUGAAAAAGGUACCAGGGUUUUGAAUCUUUCCAGUGGCAGUGAGGAGAUUGUGGAUCCUGAGAACGUGUGGAAUUGUAUUCCUGAUUGGGCUUGCCGAUCGUCUGAGGCAGUUACCCAUGCAACAGAUAACUUGGAGUCCUUACUAGAGGAGUCAGUACUUCAAGAAAAGCAAACUGGCUGCAGUUCAGAUUUACCUGAAGAUCCUUCUGUCCUCCAGCAUUCUUGAAACUGAGUGACAUUACAUGUCUACGACUGUGCUGAACAAGUACCCAUGUACACAAACAUUCCUAUGAAAAUGUAUUUUUAAAAGAACAAGAAUAUAAGCAAAUAACAUUCUGAAUGUUUCUUUUACAUAAUUGAACAAAUGCCUGUCACUACCAUACUUCUCUGUUAAAGAAUAGUGCUUGUUGGUAGACCAUUUUGUUGUCAGCUUGGCAUCUUAACAAAGCUGUCCUCUACUUAAAUAAGAAUGUGCAGCCUUUGACUGGCAUUUCUUAUUGAAUGUUUGUGUGCACUAACUUGUAUUGAGCUGUUAGUGGGCUUUCCUUGAACAAAGGUUUCUUGUGAGCUACUGUAUAGACUACUGUGUUGCACACUACAGCUUACUGAUGUUCACUUUCUGAAAAGUUGUGUUGUUAAAAUAGUGUGGUUCUUUUUUUUUCUUGGAGAGAAGCUGAGGAUAUUUUUUUGUUUGUCUCUUUGGGAAAGAAUUUACUUUGGUUUGAAGUCUUAAAUUUGGUGCUCUCAUUAAGCAAUGGAAGAAGCUGGAAUAAAGCUUGUGCUGGGG